AAAUACGCCCGAGAAACGUUGGAUGCGGCAGGUAAAGUACCUGUACAGCUUUCAUCCUCUACUCUUCGAAGAGGAGAAGAUGGCAGCUGCGACACCUGUGGUGCUGCUGUUUUGGAUUGUAUCUCCCAAAAAUACACAUUUCAUGCUUUUAUUUCACAUUCAUGAGUCUUUCUUGCAUUUUGUGUGUGUUCUCGAAUAUUAGUUUAAAUACAACUGCAAACUAUUUGUACAUCAUCUAAGCAAACGCUGCUUAACAACUGAAAAUGUGUCACCAAAUAAUAGAUUAGCAUGAGAUGACUUUUUGUUAAUCUCAAACAUAAUUUUGUGCCAGAAAUUAAUGUUGAUCGUAAAAAUGCAUUAAAUAAAAAAAGUGCAUUACAUAAAAUACAUUUUAAAAUGUGAAUUGUGCUGCAUUAACAAAUGUGCAGAUAAAUUGUGUGGCAACAAUUUAAUGGCUUUGAGAUGUUUUAGAUCCGUAAGGAAUCACCGGCACGUUUAUAUGAGCCGGUGCCGCGUGUGACUGAAGCGCUGUAAUCUGGGAGCUUUCCGAGCGGCUCCUGAACGCCUCUUGUGUGCAGAUGUUGUUCUGCGGGUGUGACGUUAAAGUCUUAAAAACCGGGAAUGUCGUGAAGGAGCUUCUGGUGAAACUCGUUAAGAACUGAUUGUGAAGCGUCUCCGGCUUCUAUUCUCUCUCCCAACAGUCGGGCCCCAGUGGACCAGAAGAAUAUCACAGCUGUGUCCAGUCUUAUUGUGCACACCGAUGCUAAGCUACUUUUAAGUCUACGUGAAAUUACACUAAAUCUGUGUCAAAAAACGGUGUAGAUCAAAAACUCUAAACGCACAACCGGCAAAGAUGGAGGCGUGCACGGACAAACCAGAGGUGAAGAAGAAGCCAAAGCCGCCCAAACCUCCCCCGAAGCCCACGGAGCCCAAAAGAAACGACCCGGCGAAAUGGAAGAAGCCGACUCCUCUGGUGCCCGAGCGGCCUUCUGACGACGAACUGAUUCAGACACAAUAUCGGAAGAAAAGAGCAGCGAACAAUGAGGCAAAUGGGAACAGGAUGCAAACUCCUGUGGUUCCACCCAGACCCACAGAAAAGGAAUAUAAAGACACAACCAGAUGCAGCCAUCACAAGAGGAGCCAGUCUGAAGUUCCCAGUGAUAAAGUCGACUUCAAACAGAGCGAUCGCUUUGUCCGGACGGGAAUCCUCCAUCAGAGCCAGAAAGAGAAAACGCCUUCGUUCACCAGUUACCUGAUCCACAAGAAAGACGAAAAAACGCACAAUGUCCCGACCAAACCGACUGCUGGCAUCAAUCUGGAAAAGGGAGGCUUCUUCUCCGGCAUCCUCCAAACAACAGACGAGACACCUGCACAGGACGUCCUCGGUGUCCCCGGCGAACUUUCUGCCAGCAACGACAGUCUGUCUGACAACGGCAACAAAAAGGACAAAGGAGGAAUAUUCAGCGGGAUGUUUAAGAAGAAAUCGCCCGACGCUUCUCAAACUGACAAGGACCAGCCGUCUCUCCGCGAUGAUCCAGCCGACGGCGGCGACGGCUCACAGGAGAAAGGAGGAUUCUUCAGCGGGAUCCUGCGAAGGUCUCCCAAGCUUCCCGCGGAGGGAACACCUGAGCAGUCGCUGCAAACGGAGCCGAGCGACAGCAACGAGACUCCGUCUGGGGACGACGGUAAACAGCAGAAAGGAGGCGUUUUCGGUGGAAGGUUCAAGAAAUCUCCCAAACUGUCCGACGGGCUCCGACCGGUCGAGGGGAAUCUGUCGGCCCAGAAGAAUCUCUCGGCCAGCGAUGACAGUCUGUCCGAAGCUGCCAAAGCAAAGGAGAAAGGAGGAGCGUUCAGUGGACUCUUCAAGAAGUCCUCCCGUCCUUCAGACAGUCCCCCAGCAGAGGAAGACUCGCGGGACGAUGAGCUCUCGGGCAGCAGCGACGCACUCGACACCAAGGAAAAAGGAGGAAUAUUUGGUGGAAUGUUCAAGAAAACUCUCAAACCUGCAGAAGCUGCUCAGGCCGAAGAGGAUUGUUCUACUCACGGCGAACUUUCAACCUGCAUCGAGAAUUCACCUGAGAACAAACAGGAGAAAGGUGGAGGUCUGUUCAGUGGACUCCUCAAGAAGACCCCCAAAUCCCCCAGAGAGAGGACAAAGUCACCGGAACGAGAAGCUCAGAACGAGCCGCCGACCAGCGCCGCCGACGUCCCCGAGGACGUCCCCGCUAAGGAGAGAAACAUUUUCAGCAACAUGUUUAAGAAGCCGCAGAGACCGGCCGAGGAACCUGCAGCAGACGAUGAGGGGAACCCAGAGAAGCAUUCAUCCGGCAGCUGUGAGAAUCUGUCAAAGGAGAAAAGAGGCGGCCUGGCCGGAAUCUUCAAAAGGUCCGCCAGCAUCGACAACCUGUUCGACGAGGAGAAAGGAGGUCUGUUCGGCGGGCUCCUCAAGAAGACCCCCAAAGACGCUGCACAGGACCGAGACGACCAAGAAGAUCCGCUGGCGAGUAACGACGACCUGUUUGAAAACGGCAACAAAAAGGAGAAAAGUAUUUUCAGCGGCAUGUUUAAAAAGACUCCCAAGCCGGCAGAGGGGACCACAACAGACGAGGAGUCAAGCGAUGAUCAAACGUUACCGGGCAGUCGAGAGAGUCUAUCCGAGGGACACGCAGCGAAGGGGAAGACCGGAGGACUCGCAGGGAUCUUCAAGAAGUCUCCUAAACCGGCUCAUCGCUCGGCCGCCUCCAACGAUCCGCUCAACGACUCCAAGGACUUGUUUGCCAGCUGCGACAGCCUCGCCGAGGAUAUUCCCUCAGAAAUGUCAACCAGUAAUGACAAUCUCACUGAAGCAACAAACACCCCAAAAGAGAAAAAAGUGGGCUUUGCCAGCAAGUUCAAGAAGACGCCCAAAGCGCAACAACAGGAGGGCGAGAGCACGGAGGCGCCGGGCGCAGACGGACCCAGACGCAGGACGACCAUCAAGAGGAAGAAACGGGUUGUUUCAUUCAGAAUCAAGAAAACUCUUCCCAAAAUACCCAAACUUAGUCCAAGUUCUCAGGGCUCUGAAACGAUGCCUUUGAUUGAGGAGACGUUUGAGCUGCAGGAGCUGAACUCCCCACCGGAGAGCCGAGUGGAGCACCAGCCGGUUGAGAUGGCAGCUUAUCCCACCGAGGGAAACCCUCUGGAGAUCCAACACGAUAUUGACGAUGAUUUGAUGGACUGGUGGAACACAGUCAAAGGUUGGGCCGAGUGGAACGAGACGUCACAUUUCCAGGAGGGAGACGAGCAGAUGGCGAUGGAGCAGGCCGCCGACCGCGUCUACAUGGCGGCCCGCCUGUUCGUGCGUUUCUUCAACCGGCGCGGGGCGUCCUUGCAGCAUCGCAUCCUGGAGCUGCUGGCCCUCGCCGACGCGGCGGAUGAAUUCCACAAGAAGACGGUGAAGGCCGCCGUGGGCGGAGGCGUGGCCAGCGUGGCGGGCAGCGUGGCCACCAUCACCGGGCUCAUUCUGGCGCCGUUCACCUUCGGCGCCUCCAUCAUCGUCACGGCGGUGGGGAUCGGCGUGGCGACGGCGGGCAGCAUCACCUCGGCGACCGCCAACAUCACCGACGCCGUUCACUCCAACAUGGACCGCAAGAAGCUGGAGAAGAUGAUCCAGGACUACCAGGACGAGAUCAAAGACAUCCGCGAGUGUUUGGACUUCGUGCAGGCGGGCAUGGACACGCUGCAGGAGUGGGACUUUGAGAAAUACUCAGAAAGCGCCGCCAAAAAGGCGCUGAACCACAACCUCAAGCACGUGAUGAAGGAGGGCGGCCGUGCCGGCAAAGCCCUGAUGAUCAACACGGAUAAGCUCAUCAGCACCGUGCAGGUGUUGGGCGCUGCGGGCGGCGCCGCCAAAGCCGCCCAGGCCAUCAGCGUCACCACGGGGGUCAUGUCGGCGCUCUUCCUCGCCCUGGACGUCUUCUUCCUCGCCAAAGACUCCCACGAGCUGCGCAAGGGAGCAAAAACUAAGUUUGCCACCAAGAUCAGGGACGUCUGCAAGGAACUUCAGGACGGUCUCCUGGAGCUGAACAAAGUGAAGACGCAGCUGCAGAAGACCAUGGAUGGCAUCGAGGUGGAGGAGUACGAGGAGAUCGAGGAGGUGGAGGAGGUGGUGGACGUUGAUGAUUACGAGUCGGAUCCGAAGAAGCUGGCUGAACUGGAGCAGGAGCUGGACCUCCUGGAGGAGAAACUGGACAAGAAGGUCGACGAGGGGCUAAAGAGUAAAGAGAUGGAGAAGGAAAUGUUGAUGAGUAAGGAGGAAAGAGGAGAGCCAGAGGAAAAGAAGGACAGAGAGGAGAUGGUGGAUGCUAAGAACGAGGGAAAGACAGAAAGCAAGAAGCCCAAAAAUCAAUCUGAGCGCAAGAACCCUGAUGAAGAAAAAGAGCAAAAAAAUCCAGUGUCCAUCAAAGCAGCCAAAGAAGAACAACCUCAGAAAGGAAAGAAGGACAAAGACGCUGAGAACCACGUCACAGCAGGAAAGGAAAAGCAUCAGAGCAAGCGAGACCUGGCAAGAGAAGACCACGGAGCCAAUAAGAAAAAAACGGGCGAUUCAAAACGAGAGGACCGAGGUGGAAAAACAUCGAUCAAGACGGGUGGAGAAAGUAAAAUGAGUCCGAGCGGCGGGGACGAGGAGAGCGAGAUGAAGCCCGAGUGGAGGCCGAGGAACAAAGACGCAGAAGGUUCGAGGCGGAGCAGCGACACGGGCCGACCCCCCAGGACCGAACCGAAGGAAACCGGCAAAAGGAGAGACGGGAAGCAAAGUGACGGGACGCGGAGCUCCAGGGGGACGGAGGAGGCAGGAGGGAAGGACAGGAGCGCCGAGAUGGACAGGAGCAGAGAGGAGAGGAAAGGGGGAGGGGACGCGGAGAGGAGGACGGAGGAGAGACAUGGGAGCAGGAUGGAGAACGCCAGGAGGAGGUUUGAGACUCCGGGGGGUGAGGUGGAGAAGAAGAAGGGUAAGCGAGAAGAGGACAGAGGGACGAGGGGAAGUGACCGAAGAUCUCGACCCACCUCGAAGGCGCUGCUGGAAGACGGUCUCAAUAUUUAGUUUUUAAAGAAGUCAUUGGUGGAUUUUUAAACACGAAUCCGGUUGGGUUUGGAUUAUUUGUGGAUUAUAAGUGUUUUUGGUUUUCCUGCCGAGACAAAGAGGUCAUUGAAUUAGAUUUACGGACUCGCUCGUUUUUAAGAUGUCUUUUAGAUGUAAAUCGCUUCGUGUCAAUAAAGGAGAACUUUACAUUUCUAUGAAUAUAGCAGCAGAACUUAUUCACAUAUUUGUAGGUUUAGACCGAAGCCUUCACAGAAACUAAUGAGAAACGUAGACAAUUGUUUAUAUUCAACAUGCAGUGUGAAAAAGGUCGGACUGAUUCAUGCAAGAAAACUUAUUUAUCAAAGGUUUUGUGGUUUGAGAGAGAAUAGGACAAAGAGAAUAAAUUAGAUUAUGUGACAAAGCUCUUUUUUUUAUUUUUAUAAAGUUUUCUUUUUAUUGAAAAGGAAUAAGCUGCAUUUAUCAACUUAUCUGAGACUCUGCUGUACAGCAGGCGUUUAAGAAUGCAAGAAUUCUCUUUUUUGAUGAUUAAAGUUUUUUUUUUUAUUCUUUUUAUUUUUUUAUUUAAACAGAUUUCCUGCAAAAUCGAUGCAAAAAAUGUCAAAUUGUGGAGGGUGCUACAAUGUGCUUAAUGUCCCAUUCUGAUGUUGUGAUGAAACUUGUGCAUUUAUAUAUUUUUUUCCUGUUACGUUCUAUUCUGGUGUUAAACUACACACUAGAGACCAUAUUUGCUUUACCUUGUUUUUCUCAUUCAGGUGUUCUAUUUCAGGUGAUACAAAAAUAGCAGCUACAUUUUCGUGUUGGUUUUUUCUUUCCUCUAUACCUGUUAAACACUUAUUUCGCUGUGUGCACUUUAAACUUCUGGAAUAUUGGGCCGCGCUUCACUUGUUUGUAUUUAUAACGGGUGGUUGCAGUUGUCUCACAAUUGAUCUGUACCUUACAGAUGUACCUUAUAUUUUUAUUUGGGUUAAUGUAUUAUUAUAUAUGGUGCUGGUUUCUUGUUGAACAAAUACAUUUGUUUCCACAAUGUGA